GGGGGCGGGAUUACGUGCCGGAAGUGCCGGAAGUGCUCGCUCCCGGGUUGUUUCUGUUUGCAGUCCGGCGGAGGAGAUGCUCCGGGAGACCGAGGGCAGGGAGCUGGAGGACGGUUAGAGAGCGGGCGGCUCAGCGUGGAGCCGGGGCCGGGCGGCUGGGCCGCAGCCAGACCAUGAGCUACACCAGGCACUGGGGGGAACGGUUCCUGAACCUGCGGGUGCCCCCCGCCGGGGUGUUCGGCGUAGCCUUCCUGGCCCGGGUCGCCCUGGUUUUCUACGGUGUCUUCCAGGACCGGGCUCUGCUGGUGCGGUACACCGACAUCGACUACCAUGUGUUCACGGACGCCGCGCGUUUCGUCACAGAAGGGCGCUCGCCUUACUUGAGGGCGACGUAUCGCUACACGCCGCUCCUGAGUUGGCUGCUCACUCCCAACAUCUACCUCUGCGAGCUCUUCGGCAAGUUUCUCUUCAUCAGCUGCGAUCUCCUCACCGCCUUCCUCUUAUACCGCCUGCUGCUGCUCAAGGGGCUGGGGCGCCGCCAGGCCUGUGGCUAUUGCGUCUUUUGGCUGCUUAACCCCUUACCCAUGGCGGUGUCGAGCCGGGGCAACGCCGACUCCAUCGUCGCCUCCCUGGUGCUCACGGCUCUGUACUUAAUAGAGAAGCGGUUGAUAGCGUGUGCCGCGGUGUUCUAUGGCUUCGCGGUGCACAUGAAGAUGUAUCCGGUCACCUACAUCCUCCCCAUAGCGCUCCACUUGCGGCCCGAGCGCAAAAGCUACGAGAGCCUCCGGCAAGCCCGCUACUCCUUCCAGGCUCGUCUGUACGACUUCCUGAGGAGGCUGUGUAGCUGGGCGGUGCUGCUCUUUGUCGCGGUGGCGGGACUCACGUUUUUUGCCCUGAGCUUCGGUUUUUACUAUAAAUACGGUUGGGAGUUUUUGGAGCACACCUACCUCUAUCAUCUGACCAGGAGGGACAUCCGCCACAACUUUUCUCCCUACUUCUAUAUGCUGUACUUGACGGCAGAGAGCAAGUGGAGUUUCACCCUGGGGAUCGCCGCGUUCCUGCCACAGUUCAUCCUGCUUUCAGCCGUGUCCUUUGCCUAUUACAGAGAUCUGGACUUCUGUUGUUUUCUUCACACAUCCAUCUUUGUGACUUUUAACAAAGUUUGCACCUCUCAGUACUUCCUUUGGUACCUCUGCCUUCUGCCUCUGGUGAUGCCACUAGUGAGAAUCCCUUGGAGAAGAGCCAUAGUCCUCUUGAUGUUGUGGUUUAUAGGGCAGGCCUUGUGGCUGACUCCUGCGUAUGUGCUGGAGUUUCAAGGCAAGAACACCUUCCUGUUUAUUUGGUUAGCGGGUUUGUUCUUUCUUCUGAUCAACUGUUCCAUACUGAUUCAGAUUAUUUCCCAUUACAAGGAGGACCGCCCAAUAGAGAGAAUCAAAUAUGACUGACGUGCGUUCUGGAUCUUCUGCAGCUUCCGUUACAUUCUGAUUAUUCUGUGUGGACUGGGAAAGCUUUGCAAGCUUUUCCUCCCUGAACAUCUGAGGACUCCAGUGAACGUUCCCUUGUUCCAAUAGAAAUGAAAACCAGCGUUGGCCUUCUAUGUAAAGGAGACCCAAUAAUUGAGGUCCAUCCUUUAGAAAGUCUUAGGACUCAUCUGCUUGGUGAGAAGUAAAGGUCCUUGUUCAACAGUCGGAAAGCCGAUGAAGCUAGAAGAUGCUGGUGCUUUUGAACAGUAGAGAAGUCUACAGUAAAGUCCCUAGCAGUGUUUGUUCCUGUCACACUGGGCCACUGUUGUUCCUUCAGCCCCCACCUUUCCUUUCUGCCGUGGUGACAGCUGUGAACAUUUACAGAGUUCCCAAAGUACAACAUUUUUACAUAGAAAAUAUUAACACUACCAUUGUAGUUGGGAAAGUUUUAAAUUUUUGUAUUGGGGCUUAGAGAUAAACAAUCCAAAGAAUUUAAA